AUGGCUAACUCUGGCUCUAAAUUCUCUUCUCGCGUUCAACAACAGGCUGCUUCAUUGGUUAGAGCGAUUGAAAGAAUACACGAGGAGGAGAGCGGAAUUUUCGUCGCCCGUGCAGAUAAUAUCUCCCGUGAGAAUGAUCGAUUACGCAAGGAGCUAUAUGAUCUUCAGCAGCGAAUCAAAAUACUCACCGAGCGCCUUGGUUUCGAAGAUCUGGAUCGCGCAGAAGAGUCACUGAACGACAAAUUGUCCGGGAAUCAGCUUGUUCAGGAACAAGCUGCACGGGUGGAAGAACAGCAGCUAACAGAAGGUCUCAAAUCCGACUUGGCACGUCGGAAGAAGACUAUUCUCGAUGCUCAGGUAGAAUCGGAACAGGACCGCGAAGCGCUGGGGCGACUCAAACUGGAGCUUCAAUCUGAGUGGCAGAAGAGUAGCAAACUAGAAUUCCAGAUUUCUACAUACAGGAAGGAAAACGAGCGCCUUAUAAGCGAGUGCGAGGAGCUCAAAUCUGCCUUGACCAAGGGUCGUAUUCAACGUUUGUCCUUGGCGCCUGAAACUCCUUUGCGAGAUCCCUCCGCCAAAAUAGACAUUCCAGCCGUAGGCGGCCAGGACCUAUCUGCUCCCGAAGACAUUGGCUCACUCCCUGCCGAUGCCCAGUUGCCCAUUUGCGACGGCAAUCUAGCGCAAUGGAACAUGUUCAAGGAAAAAUACCGAGUUAGUAGUGGCGGAAAGGGAAUUGUUGUUUCGGAGAGAGGCAUUAAAACUCAAAGUCGAGUUGCCAAAUGGGCCAAAGACUCCCCAACUCCAGCCGCCAGAACAUCUCACUCAAGGGCUAUUCCCGCCACGCCUGUCGGCAACGAUGUGUUCAUCAAACAAGAAGAAAGUACACCUACUCUUGCAGCUUUACCUCGCCUUCAAAGGCUUCAACUAAAUCCUCCAAGCUCGGGCCUGGUCACACCUGAAGGGGUAACACCCGCUACUUCGAAUACUGAGACACAAGAUUCACGAUCCGUUUCACCAGUAGUACCAAUGAACGAGCACAGUACCAAAGAAAGGUCUCCCGGAGCCAAGUCCACAGGUCAGAAGCCGGCUGCUAGACCUGACAUUAUGGCAAUCAAGCAGGGAUCUCAGAGCGAUAACGAGGGUAGUUUGCUUUUGCGGAAGCUGAGUCACACCAGUGCAGCCCCGCUAUUAGCUCGCAGCAUGUCUUCUCCAGCUGAAUCACCUCACCAUCCAAAAGAUGGCGCACGUAGAUUGAAACUUUUGGGGAAACGGAAAGCUUUCGCAUUCGAUGGCGAAAGUUCCGAUGAAGACCCUGCAACGCCCCGAGCAAACAGAGGGAUGUCGGCUUUAGCCUCAGAGCCCGCUGACCAACCCCGUGAUGAAAGAGAUGCUCAGCUAAGAGAAUUGAGACGCAAGUCCGGGCCACAAGCGGUGACCGACUAUCAGCAAUUCAAGGGGCGGGGUCGUUAUGCUGUUACUUCCAAGCCAGGGGACAAAACCAUCAACAGCGAGUUCGAGAUCAACCCUAUACAUAACGAGGGAAAACUUGCUGCUGGGGACUGCAUUGCUUGCAAAGAAUACUAUGAAGCAGUUGGAGCGAUGCCUGCUCGUCCCAGAGCGCCUCUCUGGAAGUCCCCGCCACCCGAAGGCGCUGGCCCAUCCCUAAGACCUCACUCAUGUAAACAUAGAGAGGGCGGUGCAGAUCUUUCUGUGUCAGAUGAUGUUGAUAUGGAAGAUGAUGUUGGGCUGGCCGCGCAUAAGCAGGCAAUCUCACGCCACCGACACAAAUGGGUCCCAGCUUCUACCCCUCCUGACUAUUGGAAUAUUGGAUUCCCCGAUACGCAGCAAGUUGAAGAAAUUAACCGACGUGCUGGUGAACUGCACAAUCAGAAACGCACUGCCGUCGAACAAGAAGCGGGGAUUUCUCCAGUCGAGAAGGAGGCAGAUACAGGAAACGGGCAUAACAGUAGACUCUGGGUCAACGACCAGCCUGUUGAUCCACUACUUGCGAAAAAUUAUCCUUACCAGUACUGGAAUAGGGCCGCCAAAAAGGGAUAUGCCGGAACUGCAAUCCUGUCAAAAUACAAACCGAUAUCUAGCUCGUUUACCCUAGACUCAAGUACCAAUGCCGCAUCGGGGACACCGAAGCUGGACGAAGACGACAUCAAGGGUAGACUUGUGACAUUAGAGUUUGAGAAAUGCUGGGUUAUUGGUACCUACGUCCCCAAUGCUGGUGAAGGUCUUAAGAAUAUGGACAGGAAAGUAGCUUGGCAGGUAGCGUUUGAGGCUCACCUUAGGAAGCUCGAUGCUGUCAAACCUGUGAUCUGGGCCGGCGACUUGAAUGUUGCUCCUACCGCAAAAGAUCUUAGGAACGAUAAAUCUAAUUGGAACAAGACGGCUGGCUACACUGAGCAAGAGACAUCGGCUUCAAGCGCGACGGAAACAGCGCAUACAACCUCGGCCGAAGGGAAAGAAACUACCACCACUGAAGUCACUGCAGUUGUUGCGGCUAACGUGGCGCCGUCUACACAUGAUCGUGCCGGGCCUAUGAUGGACGUCUGGAGGCGAUUGCACCCCGACGACGAGCAUUACACUUACUUCAGCUACCGCUUCAAUGCCAGACUGAAGGGAAUGGGCUGGCGCAUUGAUCACUUCGUCGUUAGCGAGCGAUUCUUCCCCAAAGUUGCUGCCUGCGAAAUUCGAAGUGAGAUAUGGGGAGCAUCCGACCACUGUCCCAUCAUGAUGGACUUUGAGGGUCCACUUUAA